UCGCAUCCAAGUGCAGCUGGGGAAACAUAACCUGGAACUCACAGAAUCGACAGAGCAGUUCAUUAAUUCAGCUAAAGUCAUCCGCCACCCUGGCUACAGCUCCAUGACACUGGACAAUGACAUCAUGCUCAUCAAGCUUGACGUACCAGCCCAGCUCAACCGAGCUGUCCAAACGGUUCCUCUGCCUACCAGCUGUGUGGCCACAGGCACCACAUGCCUAAUCUCUGGCUGGGGCAACACACUCAGCAAUGGCAGUGAGUACUCUCUGCGAAUGUACAGCAUCACGAGGGACCGGGAGACACUCUAA